ACCGCCAGCGCGCGCGGACGCGACGGGGCGACAAAGCAGAGCGCGCGCGCGUGUGUGUGCGUGUGCGUGUCUACCGGCGCAGGGGGGAUAAAAAAAAAAAUGCGUGACAAAACAAAACAGUGACAGCGUGAAAAGGCGAGUCGGAGAGAAAGACAGAGAAAAGGAUAAGCGAGGAGACACAGACAGAGACGGGUCUUUCACAGACCUAAAGCGCGCGCAGAAACGGCGAGGCAGUCGGAGCAGGCAGGCACCGAGCAACAUCGCCCUGAUUUAGGGCGCUGGGAAAAAGAUGACCGUGGUGCCCGGGGAGAACCUGGACGAGACCGUGGCCUUGGCCGCCCUCUGUCACGACGCUUACGAGGCCGAGAGAGCGGAUCAGGAGUGCUGCGAGCGCGUGGUCAUCAACAUCUCAGGCCUGCGCUUCGAGACGCAGCUCAAGACUCUCGCGCAGUUCCCAAGCACUCUGCUCGGAGACCCGAGGAAACGGAUGCGCUUUUUCGACCCGCUCAGGAAUGAAUACUUCUUCGACCGCAACCGGCCGAGCUUUGACGCCAUCCUGUACUACUACCAGUCGGGUGGGAGACUCCGAAGACCGGUCAACGUGCCCGUGGACAUCUUCAUGGAGGAGAUCAAGUUUUACGAGCUCGGCGAAGACGUGAUUGAGAAUUUCAAAGAAGACGAGGGGUUCAUUAAAGAAGAGGAGCGCCCGUUACCGGACAACGAGUUCCAGCGACAAGUCUGGCUCUUGUUUGAAUAUCCGGAGAGCUCAGGACCCGCCAGAGGGAUCGCGAUCGUCUCCGUGCUCGUGAUUUUGAUCUCCAUAGUCAUCUUUUGCCUGGAGACGUUGCCAGAGUUCCGGGAGGACGCCAGGUCAUACGACGAGCACCUCAUGCUGAACGGCACAACGAGCAUGAAGAAGCCGAAUCCGUUCACGGAUCCGUUUUUCAUCGUGGAGACGCUGUGCAUCAUUUGGUUCUCCUUCGAGCUGGUUGUGCGCUUUUUGGCGUGCCCAAGCAAGGCGGCGUUUUUCAAAAACAUAAUGAACACUAUCGAUGUGGUGGCAAUAAUGCCGUACUUCAUCACGCUCGGUCUUGAGCUUGCCGAGCACCAAGGCAACGGGCAGCAGGCCAUGUCACUGGCCAUCCUGCGUGUUAUCCGGCUCGUGCGCGUGUUCCGCAUCUUUAAGCUCUCGCGCCACUCCAAAGGCCUUCAGAUCUUAGGCAAGACACUACAGGCGAGCAUGCGCGAGCUCGGCCUUUUGAUCUUCUUCCUUUUCAUUGGUGUCAUCCUCUUUUCCAGUGCAGUGUACUUCGCUGAGACGGACGACCCCGACUCAGGCUUCAGCAGCAUCCCGGACGCCUUCUGGUGGGCUGUGGUCUCCAUGACCACCGUGGGUUAUGGAGAUAUGUGCCCCGUGACCAUCGGAGGCAAGAUCGUAGGCUCGCUGUGCGCCAUCGCCGGUGUGCUCACCAUUGCACUGCCUGUACCCGUGAUCGUGUCCAACUUUAACUACUUCUACCACCGAGAGACAGAGCACGAGGAGCAGCUGCAGUACACACACGUGACAUGUGGUCAGCAGCCCCAGCAGCAGCAGCCUGGAUAUGGCGAUUUCGGCAGGAGCGAGAGCAAGCCUUCCCUCUCCAAAUCGGACUAUCUGGAGCCGGAAGACGCGGACUCAAUCAAGUACACAAACUGCAGCCCCCAUAAAUCCUACACGUGGAAACUCACAGAUGUAUGAGUGUAAA